GAGGGCGCGAACCGACUCCUGGGGACACAGCCGCGCAGAUGUGUGAGCAGGUCGCAGCGCAGGAAGAAUCAGUGACAGCAGGAACAACGUCUGUAAACUGGUGGCAAUUUAGAGUGUGUUGAACAAGCAAGAUGUCCUUUGCCAGCGACAAACUUUAUGAUGGUUAUUUGCGGCUGAAUAUGCCGACCAUUGUUACCAAUGUGAAAGUGAGACAAAUAGUGCCGUACCUUCCCUGCCUGACCGCUCAUGACAGGGAAGACAUAGAGGCCAAACGGGAAACUCAUGGGAAUUUCAAUGCCAUGGUGCUUCUCCUGGACUGUCUGAAGAGACGGGAGAACUGGCCGGAGCAGUUCAUCAAGGCGCUAGCGGCUUGUGAGCACAAAAGCCUCGCAGCUGAAAUCAAAAAAGAAUACGACUCCCUGCUACAGGUUAACAAUCCCAGCUCAGGCUCGGCUGCAGCUACUGUGGUCAGGGCUCAUGUCCACCCGGCUCCAGCUGCCAGCCAGCUGCCCGUCUCCGAGAGCAUUGCGGAUGUUCAGCCGGCUCCCCCUGAGCCAGCCUCUCAGGCCCCGGCUCCUGUCCACGCUCCUGCACAGCAGCAAGUGCCUCAGAUGGCGGCCGAUUCCCCACCUGAACCCAUCUCUGAGCCGCCCGCUCAGGAUGAGCUUCCACGCCUUCCGUCUACUCCGCCCCCAUCUCCUGAGAUCCAGCAUGCAGCCGAGGGAAAACACGCUCCCCACCAGGAGCCGGAGGAAAACUCAGAGUCUGAUAUCCAGAAUCCUUCUGGUGAUACCGGCGCAGGGAGGAAAGAGGCUGUCGUCGUGGUGACCUCCCCUCAGGAGCAGCAGCAGCAACGUCCGGUCCCUCAAAGUGGAGCUGAUCAUCUCCAAGCAGCAGCCGCCACAGAGCCGAGUCUGUCUUUAACGUCGGUCAGCUCUGAUGGGUCUGAUGGGUCAUCUGUGCUAACUCUGACUCCAGAGAAACAGCCAGUCCAGGACACCACCCCACCAGCACACAAGGUUCCUCUGCAGCCCCAGAUGAGCACUGAACAUACAGCUGCUCAGGCUGUUAAAAGUAGACCGCAGACUGUAGCUUCUUCUUCUCCUGAGCCGUUUGCCAACAAGAGAGAUGGCUUUCAUCAAGACGCCGAUGAUAACUCGGUGUGCCUGAGCAAACCUACUCAGCUCGUCAGCAUCCAGCCAGUUAAUCACCCCAGUCCUCCAGUCCAGUCGCAGAGCUCCUCGCUGCAGCCUUACUCCGGCGACAGUGAGCGAUUGGAACUAAGCGACCCUUCGUCAGACACCUGUCUUCCUUCCUGCACCGCUCAAGUCGAGAAGCCUGAUUCAGCAGAACCGCAUCAGGAGAACGGGAAUGUUCCAGACCACAGCGAACCAGAGGAGAACCACUACGAGUCUCCAAACCAGAGCUUCGACGUGGCGGAGAACGUGGUUCACGUAGCAGAGAUGCCAUCCAUCCUCAAUCUUGACGGCCAAGCUCCAGAGCCACAACUUCAAAUCGUCAACGGAGAACCGGCCAAAGGAAGCUUUUCUGCAUGCAUCAAUGCUGCAGAUGACACUGCGUCGAGUUUUAACAGCCGCCACAGCGAGAACUACACCCCCAUCGAGUCAAAGCCUCUGCCCAGUUCAGAGAAAACCACUCCUCCCGACCCCAGCGACGGCCAAUCCAUGACAAGAAAGUACAUUCUGAUCGGUGCUGGAGUGGGGGCCUGCGCUCUGUUGAUGGCGUUGAAGUUUAAGCGUUAAAGACAGGCAAGUUAAGGGGGUAAGGAUAGUGACUGAGAAUCAUCAUGGUGUCAUAUUGUAAUCCUUGCACUCAGAGGGCACAGGACAGACGCUCAACAAUUACAGGUACCAUGCCAGACCUUUGUUCGUGUCAUUAAUUCAUAUCUGUUGUUGGUGUUCAGCAAUGAAUGACUUUGACUUUGGCAUAAAAAAAAACCCAAAUCAAAACUCUUGACAUUAGCAUUGGUUCACUUCAGUGAGGUGAGGUGGCAUCUCAGGUGAUUUCUUAACAAGCUGCAAAUGUGGGUUUUUAUAAAGGUACCUGAUGGAAAAUAAUGUUGCCUCACAAAAGUAUUCACACACUUUAACUUCAAUGCAUUUUAUUGAGAUUUUAUGUGAUAGGUCUAUACUAGGAGUGAAUUACUAAAUUAGAAGUUAAAAAAUUGAUGGAAAGAAAAUUGUGGCAUUUGUUCUCCAGUGUUCUGUAGCAAACCACUGAGGUCUACACAAUACAGCUGGAUUUGAAAUUAAAGGUGAAAUCAUACCUGAUAGUCUGGUAGAGUCUGUUCGAUUGGGGACCAAACUUUUUGUUUUGCAUUUGUUAUAUUUUCAGCUGGAGCGGUUCGCUUUUGUUCUGCGUUGUCCAAUGAUCCCAACUAAUUGAAAAACCGGUUCCUUCCCUCACCUGUGGGGGCACUGCACCAAGAACCACUGAAGGAAACGACACAAAAACCUCUGAAGAAGACACUGAGGCCAACUUCCUCUUCACGAUAUCUAAACAAAAAUAGAGUAGCAUCAGAUUUUAGUGGUUGCAGGAUUUCUCUUUUGUCUUUGGCUGAAGACCACGAGCCAUUUCUCCCGCUAGUGCUACAUACUCAUGUUUGUUUGUAUUUACCCAGAAUACCAUGACUUAUAGUCCGCUUCCUGCUUUUUGAUCUUUCUCCGGUCCGCUUGCAUCCACAUAUGCAUUCGUACCGCACCAGAGCUCACUUCUACCGAACUGAGACCUAGGUUUGUUGGCGUUCCAGAGUUAGCUUUUUUUUGGUCUGCACCAGAGUUCGAUUACGCAUUCACAUCUCCCCAAACAAACCAGACCGUCAAGGCAAACACACUAGGGUUCAAUUAAAGCGAACUUAACAGGGCUGGAGUGAUGCAUCCUAAACGAAGCAUGAUGCUCCACAGUAUGGCGGUAUUUUGCACUAGUACCUUGAAGCAAAGAAGUCCUUGGGUUCAAAUCCUGGCAGGUAGUCUUGAGGUUCUCCGUGUGCAUCCUGUCUGGGUUUGUUAGGUUUAUUAGUUUGUUCAAAGUGCCUCUAAGAGUGAGCAUAUCUGUGGUGAACCACGCCUCAUCCUUGAUGAUCACUGGAGAUAGGUACCUAGACCUAGCAGAGACCUCUAUUGCACUGAAUUUCAUUCAAGGAUAGCAGAGUAACACAUGCAUACACACACUGUAAAAUCUCUAAAAAAUACAUUGAUGUUUUUUAACUUUAUCAGAUGAGGAAAACGUUCAAGGGAUGAGAAUACUUUUCACAAGCCACUGCAUGUUCUUUGAUUUAUCUUGGAGGUGGAGGAAGUGGGAGGCAGGAGCUUUUCAUAUUUAACUCUUUACUUUCUGUCGGUAUUUGGAAGCUGGCCUGCAAAAGCCCGCUGUACUCCAUAUUUAUUUGUACAUAUUUGACACAUUUACUCUACGUAGGUGUGUACCUAUUAAGAAAAACAAAAAAAUGUGAAAAGCCUAAAUAUUGUGCAAGAAAUCGAAUUUAUUUGUUCUUCUUGAGGAAAAAAAACAAUCUUUCAAAUUUUAGCUCAAGUUUUUUUAACAAAGUAUUUUUAUGACAAGUAGAUUGUGGGCUUAUGUAAUAAGAUGGAUUUUAACUAGAACUUGCUGAUUUUUACAUGAUUUUAUCAGUUGAAAUGUUUUAAUGUGUAACAGAAAAUGUAGUUAAUGUUACUGCAUUAUAUAUUUAAAAAAGAACAGUCUUUAAAGUGUGUAAAUGAUCAUCCUGGAGGGUCCUUAGCAGUUUGUUAAUCAGUGAUUUGCUAAAUCAUUCUUUCUGCCAUCUAGUGGACAUAUUUGGUUUUACAGGUUGCUUUCCUUCAGGUAGAAAUGUCUCCUGAAUCACGAUGUAAAGGUGAAAGAUUUUUAUUGUAAAUAGUUUGUCGAUAAACAAAGCACACUUUUCAAAGAGUUAAUUCAUUAUGUUUUGCACGUGUAAAUUGCAUAGGUGAAGAUAGAGUCAGAUAGAUGGAGAGUCUUCAUUGUUUUUCUUCGGGUUUUGCUCUUAAGUUCUGUCUGAACUUGUAUGCACUGUUUGUAUCUAUGCACUCCGACCGUCACAUCAAUAAAAUACAUUGAUACCAUUUGAA